GGCUCGGGGCGGGGGCCCUGCCAGGCUGGCAGGGGCACGCAGGACCGGAGGGCGGGGGCCCUGCACAGUAACAGCCUCUGGCCCCCAGGUCUCCAAGCCGCUGAUGGAGAAGAAGCGGCGGGCGCGCAUCAACGUGUCGCUGGAGCAGCUCCGGGCGUUGCUGGAGAAGCACUACUCGCACCAGAUCCGGAAACGCAAGCUGGAGAAGGCAGACAUCCUGGAGCUGAGCGUCAAGUACAUGAACAGCCUCCAGGACUCGCUGCAAGGGCUCUGGCCGGUCCCAAGCGGAGCCGAGCACCCGCCGGGCUUCCGCGGCUGCCUGCCCGGAGUGAGGCGGCUUCUGCGGCGCGGAGAAGAGGGCGGCGGCGGCGGCCUGCGCUGCCCCCUGGCGCACGAGGACGCGGGCGGCAGCACCACGGACAGCGCCACUCCCGGCCCUGAGGCGCCCGCGGCGUGGCGCGGCCCCUGCGCCCCGGCCGUCUGGGUGCCCGAUUCGGCCGCCGGCGGCUCGGGGUCCCCACCGCCCCAGCCCCUCCUCCCCGCCGCUCUCCCCGUCCCGUUCCCCAGCGUCUCGGCCUCGCAGCCGGCGUCUCGCCACCGCGCCGAGAGCCCGGGGUCGGGGCUGCGCCUGUGGCGGCCCUGGUGAGGCCCAGGGGUGGCCUCGGACUCGAGCGGGCCCCCAUCGGCUGUGCGGGCGCAGUUUCGAGCGCGCCCGUGAGGACGGCCGGGACCUGUGCGCCCGUCCUGGUCCCGGGGUGAAGCUGGCCAGAGGGUGCGGCGUGCCCGCAGGGAAAUACACGGAGACAUGGGGCGCCCCGGGCUGCUCCCAGGCCCAACCCACCCCCACCCCAGCCCCACCCGCUCGAGCUGGCCGCGCUCUCUCCUCUCACCUCUAAAGGGGCUGCGAGGGGGUGUCCGGGGCUGCGCCUGUUUCCCAGGGCCCGGGGCGGGCAGCCCGCCCCCGCCCCCGCCCCGCAGCCGCGCCGCGGUGGGAAGGUCGCAGCCGCGCUGGCGCAGAGCAGGCCCCUCGCAGCGAGGAGAAUCGCUGCCCCGCCCCGGCCCAUUCAACCCGCCGGGGACGCCCGGUUCCCACCGGCACAAAGCACGCCGGGCUCG